AUGUCCCGCUCCCCUCGCCCACUGGGCCACGGCAGACCCGAAAAUGGGGAUCCAAUUAUCGCCGAAAUGGGGCCAGGAGUCCAGGACUGGAAAUCGAACAAGCGAACAAUGGGAACCCGGCCAGGAGAACGCUUUGCUCCUGGGGGUACCAUACGAGCUAAAACGCCCCUCUCGGCUUGGGCAUUGCCCGUCUCGUUACAUAACGUGUUACCACGAAUGAGGCUCACCCAUUCGCCAUCCGUUUAUGAGGCGUUCCUCAUGAGGCGUAUGGACUUGUCCCAAAGAGUGGGGAGAUUGGCGAGUAUGAGCAUCUCACAGCCUCGGGAGCAAGCGGUCAUGCGCGGCGGCGGCCGUCGCUAUUUUGAACAUGGGCGCCUACUUGCGCCCACGUGUGGAGGUGCUGACCGCUCACGGUUACUCCUGAUCGUACGAAGAGCACGAGAUCUGUGGUCCGAAGCCAACACAACCUUCUCCAUGGGCCUGGCAACUACAUGA